UUGAUCAGUUUAAAGCGAACCAUUAAACAACUAACAACAUGUGUUCGACGGCAAACUCAAACACGGAAGAGCGAAUGUUCACUUUGCUCGAGGAAACCGGGUCAAUAGGUCAGGUUAUAGAGGAAAUCCUUAAAGCACCCGCUGCGGAAGAUCCGUUUCAUGUACUCAAUCUGGACGAUAUUGUUUGGAAACACCUGAACUGGCUACACCAGUUACCACGUGUCAAACCGUUCUACGCGGUCAAGUGUAACGAUGAUCGAGCGAUUCUAGAAACGUUAGCUGCGCUGGGAACUGGAUUCGAUUGUGCUUCCAAGGGUGAAAUCGACCGUGUGCUGAAAAUGGGAGUUGAUCCUCAGUCAAGAAUUAUCUACGCCCAUCCGAUCAAGUCGAAGAAGUCUCUUCGAUACGCACGAGCCAAAGCGGUUAGUAUGAUGACGUUCGAUAACGAGCUGGAACUCAUAAAAAUUGCGGAGGUCUAUCCGGAUGCUCGGUUGGUUCUCCGGAUUCGACAUGACUCGGACAAAGCUUUGGUGCCACUGGGGAAGAAGUUCGGCUGCGAUGCUGAGAUGGAUGGACCGGAACUGAUCCGGAAAGCAAAGGAGUUGAACCUCUCGGUGGUUGGUGUUAGUUUUCAUGUCGGUUGUGGAAGCUUAGAUGCAGAAAGUUUUUUUAGGGCCAUCAGCGCAGCUAAGGUCUUGUUCGAUUAUGCCAAAACAGUUGGAUUCUGUUUAACGCUUCUGGACCUUGGUGGAGGGUUUCCUGGAGAUGCCGAAAAGCCAAUAGAUGAAUUUGCGACGGCAGUGAACAACGCACUGGAUGAGUUUUUCCCCGAUUUAGAUGGAAUCGAGGUGAUUGCUGAACCGGGAAGAUACUACGUGGCAUCCGCGGUUCGGUUGCUCACGGUGGUUCAGGGCAUGAAGAUUAUCAGGGAUCCAACCGAUAAGACUAGAAUCUGCCACAUAAUGUACUAUCUGAACGAUGGAGUUUAUGGAACACUGUUCGAUUGGGUUAGUCUACGAGCGAUUUGCGAUCUGCAACGUGUUAUGCCGAUAAUAACCGCGCAGAAGCAAGGCCUACCUCGCUUCAAAUCAACGGUAUGGGGGCCAACUUGCGAUGCCACAGACAUCAUUUGUGAAAAUGUAGAUUUUCCAGAGCACAGUGUAGGAGAGUAUGUGCUGUUUGAGAACAUUGGAGCCUAUGGUAUGACAUUUGCGACUAAUUUCAACGGUUUCCCGAAGCCUGGCAUGAGGGUUUAUGUUCGACGCAAUACAUGGUGUGCUUUGAAAGCCUUGAAAACUAUCGAUUGGAAGCUAAAGACUGUCGAAUAUUUGCAAAAGCAUCUGCAGAUAAACAAUUAACUUCAUCUCCUUCUUCGUAGCCGUUAGUGUUGCAAGAUAGCGAUAGUGAACCGUAAACUGCCCGGAUACGCAUUAAUCUUUACACAAUAAUCUCAAUAAUCUUUUUUUUUUUUUUUAUUACAAGCUUCUCGGCAAUUUAUUGGUUUAGUUAGCCCUAAUAGACUUCUUUUAUCAAUAAUGCAUGUUCGAAUUAAAAGACAAAAAAAGAGUAUCAAAUACCAUCCGUCCCUGAA